AUGCCGGAAUCAAAAGAAACGAAAGAAUCCGAAAGGUUGCGUAAAAAUAGGGAAUCUGUUAGAAAUCGUCUCGAUACCUUCGCAAAAUACAUUGAUAAAAUAGCUAUACCGGGGUCGUCGGAUAAUUUGCCGGUCACCGAACUUUCAGUCAGAUUAGAUCGGGCUGAAACAAUAAUAGAGGAAUUUGAAGUUGUUCAGGAAAAACUUGAUCCUGAAACUGUCAAAGAUUGGGACAAGGAAAGUCAAGGUAAUACCCCUACGUCGGUAAAGCCUACUCUCGACGAUCUUCUAAAAUUCUUGCAGCAUCGAGCUGAUACUUUAGAAAAGUUCGAAGCAAGAUCUAUCAAGGGAGGUUCUAGUUCCAAAGAUCAUUCUCAUUCUUCAUCUCAUAGGUCUAAAACUCAUACAAGUCAAUCAUUCGUUAAUAAUGGAGCUUCUUCAGAUCUGUGUCCACAUUGUAAUGGUCCUCAUAAAAUGUCAACUUGUACUUCUUUUCAAAAUUUAGAUGUGCAUGCGCGCAUGCGUGAGGUCAAAAGGGUACGAGCGUGUUUUAAUUGUUUAUUUAUAGGACAUCAAAAUACCAGUUGCAAGUAUGGUAAGUGCAAGAAAUGUGGGAAGAAGCAUCAUACGCUUCUCCACGUUAAUGCAGAAAACAGCAAUUCUCCAAAUGAUACUCAAUCCGUUUCUUCGGAUAAUCAAACUCCACAAACAUUGUCAUGUCAUGCAGUUCAGAAUUCGUUUGCACUGCUGUCAACUGUCACAGUCCAAAUUCCAGAUCGGUCUGGAGUUAAACAUAAUUGUAGAGCCCUUCUAGACAGUGCUUCUCAGUCACAUUUUGUCACUUAUAGUCUGGUUUCCAAAUUGGGUCUCUCCAAGGAACCUGCCGAUAUUUCAGUGGUCGGUGUCACUCAAAUAUCUUCAAGGAUAAAGCACAAGAAGUCAUUGCUCGUUGUUUGCGUCUCUUCCGAAAUAGUUCAGGGUCAAGAUGCAGAGUUUCCGAUCCUCUAA